AUGACGCACUUCAGCCAGCUAAAGCGUCUGAAGCUGAUCGCGAGUCCGCAGUUCACGGACAAGCGGGUGGGCUACCUCGCCAUGCUGCUGCUAGAUGAGCGCCAAGACGUGCACCUGCUCAUCACCAACUGUUUGAAGAAAGAGGCGGGCGCGGCGUCGGGCACGCCGCCCGCCUCGCCUGGCGCCACGCGCCGCGCGCGCGACGACGACGUGUUCCUGCGGCUCGCCGGCGCCGGACGACAACCUCGGCCGCAGGGUGUCGUCAAGCGAGCUGGCGCAGAAGACCGCACGGUCCGCGGCUGGGACCUGUCGCUGGGCACGGAGGCGUGGCGCGGCUGGUGCGGCGGCGCGGUGUCGGCGCUGGCGGCGGGCGAGGCGGACGGGCGCGGCGAGGGCCGGCUGCUGCUGGCGGCGGCGGGCGGCGCCGUGCGGUUUUUCGACACCAGGAGCCGCACGCCGCUCACCACGCUCUGGUCGUCUGGCGUGAGCGGGCCGUGUCCGUCGAGCCGCGGCAUCGCGGGCGAGGUGGCGGUGACGGCGCUGGCGCUGGCGCACUCGCACCGCCUCUACACCGCCGCCGGGGACAAGCUGCGGCUGUGGGAUCUGCGCAUGUUGGAGAGCAUUUGCAAAGUGUGGUCAGGCCACGCGGCGGCAGUCAUGUGUCUCGCACUGGGCAUGGGCACCAACGGCGAUCUCGUCGCGACCGGCUCGAAGGACCACUACGUCAGAACCCUGGAGAUGCAACCCCAAGAUGCAGGCGGUUGGGAAGCGAGUAAUCGUCGUUUGCUCGAGCCGCCGCACUACGACGGCGUGCAGGCGCUCGCGCUCUGCGACGACGUGCUCUACAGCGCCUCCAGGGACACCAGCCUCAAGCGGUGGAGUCUCACCGACAACUCGCUUACACAUAGCGUGAUGAACGCGCACAAGGGCUGGGUGACGGGCGUGUGCGUGGUGGGGCCGGAGGCGGAGCGCGUGGUGGCGUCGUGCGGGCGCGACGCGGCGCUGCGGCUGUGGAGCGCCUCGCUGCGCCCCGCCGCGCCGCCCGCCGCGCUGCCCGACGCUGCGCAUGCGCUGCGCCCGCAUCCGCGACACGCGCUGCGCGUGCUCUACACCGCCGGCAAUGACGGGCGUGUACGGUGCUGGCGGAUCCGGCAGUACAGAUGACCGUGGUCGGCGCCGGGCUCGCCGGGACACGCGCCGCCGCGCCGCCCGCCGCCGCGCCGCGCCUGGAGGUGACGCACGCGCACGCACCGACACCAAGCACACACGGGUUACACCGACGGUUGUUUUGUGUUGACCUUGCGUACAUAUCAUGGUAUUGCGUGACAGUGAGUACCUUUAAACUACAAUUGUAUUAUGCAAUUAGACGUAAAAUGGUUUUGAGCGAACAAGAUGAGUAAUAAUUGUCAUAGUUGUGUUUUGUUGUACUCACGAACACGCAAUAUUGAAGAAGAGAUCUAAUAAAUUAUUAUUUUGCUUUUGUGUAACAAAAGUAUGUUUUCGAUACAAGGUGUCGAAAUAAAGUUUUGCGCUUUGACACGCUUUCAAGACAUGUGAAAUAUAUCAGACGCUAUAUGAAAUUGUUUUGAAUUAACUAAAUCUUAAUAACAGUGUUAUAUGUGGACGGCUUAUUAUAACGAAUAGUAUUAAUUAAACAAUUAAAAGACAAUUAUAAUCUUUAGUAAAAAUUGAGACGCGCUCAAAGUUAUUCUUUAUAUAUUACGCCUUAUGCUAAUCAAGAGGAACUAUAUAUUUUACUAACAAGACUAAUGUUGCACUUACAAAAUUAGUCGAUGCUCGAUACUAAUAUAUGACAGAAUCGAUAAAGACAAAAAUACUCAGUAGUAACGUAUGUCACCUCCCUAGAUUUUAUCGACAGUCUAUUGAUAAGACCCGUAAUUGUGAACUGGAACAUAAGUUCUUAUAAAUAAGAAUUCGAAUAAUAUUCUUUAAGAUUCGAAUAUUUAUAUCGAUUAUAGUAUCGAGUUGUCGGAUAGAUUCACGACGUAGCGACGUAGACUCGUAGUUAGAGCGUGUGAGCGCAAUGUCAGAUUACAGCUAGUUGGAAACCAUGGCCUUCACCGAUAAUAAUGUGUAAAUAUAUGUAACUGAGUAGUGAUGAGUGGACAUUACUUCAAUUAAAUAAAAAUAGCUUAAUAUUAUAAAGCGCUAAAAGAAAUUAUGUAUUUGAAAUGGGUAGAUCUUCAUAGAAAUUUUUCAUCGAUUAUUUUUUAUCGAUAUUAAUUGGCAAAGGCUAUAAUUUAUUUUUAAUUUCGUAACUGUCCACUCACCGAUACUCAUUCGUGUAAGUGUAUGUAGGCUUAAAAUUUUAUAGUCUGUAUACUGUGUAGCCUUAGCUUAGCUGUUUCAAUUCCUGUGAUUAAUUUUAAUGAAUGGUACCUAUUAUAUAGUAGGAUAGUAGUCACGUCAAUUUGAAAACAAAUUAAUUGGAAAUUUUCGCGUUAAGAGUCGAUAAAUGUUAGUAUUGGUGUAAUUUUUAUAAAUUUCUAAGUGACUCUUUAUAUAUUUAGGAUCCAUUGGAGACAUGUUAAUCAUAAUCCAAGAAAAUUAACAAUAUUGGGUUCGUCUAAAUGGGCUUAAAAUGACUUUACUAGGUCCAUAACUUGCAAACAAAUCCUAUAAUAUCGCAAACGAUUAUAGGCUAUGGUAACCACUUUACCAUAGAUAAUACACUAAUAUAGGAACACUACAUCAGGUGGGCCGCAUGUAACAGUAAGUGUCAAAUAACCGCAAGAUGUAUUUCUAACAUAGUAACAGUUCCUUUCGUUAUUUGAAUUUUACUUAUUUAAAAGCCAAUAUAAUUAAUGCCAAAUUUACAAAAAAGAAAUAAAAAAUAGACGACCUUUGUAACCCAAUAAAGUAAAAAUGAUUUCUAUCAAUUUUUUACAAUUUACUAUUAAAAUUGAUGACGUUUUGAAGAUAAACAAUCUCUAAACAAUUUACACCAAAAGGAAUUGAAAAAAAUGAAUUUAUUACAUCUGUAUUAAAGCCCAGUGACUAGUACAAAUUCCUAUGCCUUUUUUAAUUUGAUUCUCCUAUAAAUAGUGGACCAUAGGCAUCCGAAAAUGUUUUGAUAACCUACAAAAUUACGGCAAGAAUCUAGAAAUUUUUUGAAUGUAGAAAAUAUUCUAUGUAAUUUGCAAGACCUUCGUAUGUAUAUGCAGUGGUAUGUGUUAAAAUCAUCAAGGUUUACGUAACUUGGUUCAACUUGUAAAUUAAUUUCUUAAUGAAAAUUCAAGUUAUGACAAUAUGUUUGGUAAUAAACCCCCAAUAUUCCUUAUACUGCAUAUGCAAGAAAUAAGUUUCAAUAAUAUACCUAUAGACGAAGGAAAUAAAGUAUCUUAUAGUCUAUCAAGCGACAAUCGUAACGAAACCGCACACCUCCACUACGAAUAGAACUGAUCCGUGAAUUACGAUAAACUGUGAUUAAACGAAUUAUAUUUUUAUUACAUUCCUGCGCUACGGGUAGAUUAGCAACAGCAUAACGUUUAAACAUUUUGUAGUUAGAUAUAAACGAGACGCCAUAUUGGCUUUCUGAUAUUAGUUCUUAUAUUGCACGCUAUACUCGCUUUUGUAUUCUAUCUAUAUUUUUUAUUAUUGUGUUCUCUUUGAUUUCACUGCCUACCUUCCUCUUAUUGAGUUAUUUAUUGUUUCUAAAAUAUGUAUUUUUUUUUGUUUCUAUACAUAUAAUCUAUGAGUGUGACAUCGACAUUUCAGUUAUCUAAUAUGGCGCCUCGGAAACGCUCUUUAGAAUAUACAAAAACUGUAAUACUAAUGUCCAAAUAGUAGCUAGUUUUACACACGAGGCUAUGUAAGGCUAUUGUAAGGAAUUUAAUCAAAUAUCGUCACAUGUUUACAAUAAUUAAAGAAUUUAUUUUGUGUUUUACGUUAUUAUGUGUUAAUCAAUUUCAGUAUUAUUUCUAUCGUGUAUAAUAUAUUUGCGAUUAUAAAUAGUGAAUAACUCGAAAAUGUAUGUUUGUGUAAAUUUUAAAAUUAUCAUCAUUGUUUUAGUGUAUACAUUUUAAAUUCUCGUUCACAUCAGAAAAGGUUUACAGAAGUAUUAAUGUCAAUGGUUUGAUAAGUGAACGAGAAUUCAGGAUAUCGAUAUGUUGGCACCGUGUAAUUAGGUAAAAUGUAAUCGAUAACGGAAUGCUUGCGAGGCUAUGAUAACGCUAAUGAAUCGAGAAUUAUCGUGUAUUAAAGGCUGAAAUGCUUUGAAAUGAUAGCAAUAUAGCUGAGAGACGGCGUGACAAUCGAGGACAGCGAAAUCCCCUGCACCAAAUAAUAAAAAGAAAACGAUAAACAUUGCCAAAAGUUACGGUUAAAUAACCAUUAAAGUAAAAGUAAAUCAGUGGAAGAUCAGACUAUGCAAGCAGAAGCUAUAAAGUCGAGACUUCUGUAUUCUCUAUGACGCAAUAUUUUGAACUCAAGAUUUUCAUCUUUCUCGACUGCUGUGUGGUACUGUUACUUGAAUUGUGGGGUGUAGUAGACGCCCAGCAUGGCUAGUCAUGUAAAUGCGUGAAAUUUUACAUAUUAAAUUUAGGGAAAAGUGAUGGUUGUUCGUAGAUGUUUGAAAUUGAUGGCGGCUUAAAACAUUGGUGUUUCGGUAGAACAAUUUGGGAAUGUGAUCUCGAAAUAAAGGCGUAAGUGUGAAUAGUUCUGUAAAAAAUUUUGAAAAUUAAAUUAUAAUACAAUAAUAAUAUCAACCUAUAGACAUGUGUGAAUUGUUACACGGGAUUGAAUGAAAUUCUCAUAAUUUUUAAUUUUAAUCAUAAAAUUUCUAGAGUCUAAUACGUUAACGUUGGAAUAGUGGCACAUUAAGUUCAUAAAAAACUUGUAUUUUUUAAAUUGUUAAAGAUGUAGUUGUCAAAUAACAAUCGAUAACUGCACAUGCUCUGGUAGUUACCUAAAUAAAGAGAUAUUUAUUUAUUUUUACACUACAAUUCCGAAGUAUUUUAUAAUGUUGAUUUUAUACCGCCGUAAGCGUAUUAGACUUUUUUGGAUUAAAUAUAGUUACUUCAAAUAUUUAGCUCUCUAGCGGUAUUUCCAGAAAAAAUAUAAUUCUUAUCGAAUGUUUUAACAAAUCGAAACCACAUAACGAGUAGCUAUUAAUUGAUAUUAUUUUACGCAUAAACUAAAGAGCAUAUGAGAUUAAUUUAUAAAUUAUACAAAAUGUUUCGUGUCCUCAUUUUAUAUAUCAAAUGUAUUUUUUUAUUUCGUGUAGCUUAGAAGUGCAAAUAUAUUUACAAUGAUUUUAAUGAAUUGUUUACUUGGAUACAAAUAUAUCAUGCAGCCUUUUA